UAUACCCUCUACUCUCAACACUACCGGAGUCGAGCAAAAAAACUUCAACAAUUAAGAAAGAAAUUCUCAAAAAAAAUCAUGAUCUGCGCAGAAAGUUUCAAUGAUUUUUCUUCAGGCGAAAUUACUUCUAGAAGCAUGAUGAAAGAUGUUGGUCGACUUGAAUCCGACAUAUCGGAGUUAUCAAGACUGGUUGACGCUGAUGAAAACCUAGAAGAUAUCGAAGGUCUGAUAGGAGAGUGCUCCGGACUACUAAGAGCAAUAAAAGAUACGGACCUAAGAUGUGUCAAAGAUGCCGUCUUUGAAACACUUAAUAAGGUUGAGAUGGGACUAGACCUAAUCCGUCAGAGACUCCUCACAUGUGCAUACUUUAAACUUUCAGCUCAGGAGUUGACUGAACUGCGGGAUGAUAGUGUGCGUCCAGCAGACCCUAGUGUGGAAUUUUUUGGACUUGAGUGGAGCAGUGUCUUCUCCAGAUGCUACAGCUUGGGAGUUGAACUUAGGUUGCUAAAGGCUGGAAUUAAACAGGACAGAUUCAGUACUGUGCGCCUGACCGCGUGUCUCUCCCUGGUAAAUCAGCUGAUCGCAGAAACUCAAAUGCACGCUGCCGCGCUCAACUCUGGACGUCUGAGCUCGAACCAUCUUUCCCUCCAGCUACGACAACAGCAAAUAUAUACCAAUAUUGGGCGGGCUUCAAGCUUCAGGAACAUGGACAACAGCGCCUGUGAGAAGGCCGGCAUGAACAAGAGGAAGCAGCAGAAGUAUACCGGAAGUAAAACUGAUUCCGCUCUAGCCACACGCGAACACAGGCAGAAAUCUGAGUCUAAGAAGGUUUCUGUAAAUGAAAAGCAGAAAUGCAGAAAAUCUUCAAUUCUCAACAGCUUUUCAAACAUUUUCAAGGCAGGACUUAAAUUGUAAAAUUGUGAUAGUAAUAUUGAAAAGCUCAAAUAUAACAAGUAUGUAUACAUGUUACUAUUUAGAAAAAUGAAAAUAUUUUUGUAAUUUGUUUAGAAUAAUUGUGAAUUGUACUGAUAACAUUUUCAAAUAAAUAUGGUUUAAUUGUUAAAA